AUGCCAUCCUCACCUUCCAACUUCAGCGACCAGAUUACACCUGGCGGAACGUUCAUCACAGGCACUGAGGUACACACAGACUAUUGGAACUACAAAGACUGCCAGAAGACUGCCGAAACUGCGCAAGUCUACUACAAGUCCGAGGCUGUCAGCAGAGCCACAACUGGUCCAGGCACCACCCCAACCUCUAAACAGCACCCUGAUCGCGGAAUACUCAAGAACAGAGCUUACUACAAGCAAGACCAUCAGGAUCUGGCCCAGAUGGCAUACAGUGCUGGACACGCCACCGAAAGCCACGCAUUAGAUAGAGACUCCUUCAACCUGAAGUAUGAGGAGCUUUGGAAGAAGAAAGGAAAUGAUAGUCUAAGGAGGCAUCAAGAGGAAGCAACGAUCCAGCACAACACGGCUAAGAAUCUCAACAAGAGAGGGGAUUGCCACACGAAAUACGGUUCCUAA